AUGGUCCAAAAACAAGAUUUGGUAAUAUUUAAUGAUCGUACUGUUCUACCUGAUUUCAAAAAUCAUGGACACACCUUAACCCAUAUAACCCAUAAACUAGGUACCUCUCCGACAUGGUUAUUAACUGCACUAAUUGAAACACAUAUUCAUGGUGUUCCAUUAAGUUUAAAUGAAUCAGAAAAAUCAAAUGGAAAGAUACCCAUUGUGAACAAGUCUCCCAUCUAUAUUUCAUCUUUUAUCCACAAUGAAUCGUAUUCUGAACAGCAUUUUCAAAAUAAAAUAAGCCCACAAUCAGGCUACUAUAUUCUACCCAACCUAAUGGAAGAAAUUAUGAAAUGUACUAUCAAUACCCAUAAUAAUGGGAAUAAUUUUGAUGGAUUAUGUAGUUAUAUUUUGAAAAUGUUAAAAGUAAAAAAAGAAGAACAAGAACAACAAACCACUAUUAUUUUGGAAGAGCCCCAACUUUUAUUGGCAUUAAUCCCAAAUCUAAAAGCACGCGAUAUACUAUUAAAGUUGAUAACACCCAUAAGUCAAAUUUUCCAGCGUGUAAUUGUAGUCACCAACAUAGAAUUGUACGAUAACGAUGCUACAGCAGAAUCCAUAGAGAUUAAAAAGUUUAUCCAAACUAUUUUUUAUAGAUCAAUAGUUCAAUUGAGUUUGAAGCCAUUGGAAACAGGUAGAGCAAAUGACGUAACGGGCACUUUACGCAUAACAAGGGGCGGUUGUGCCUCUGCCGUCGAUAACACCACUUUUGUUGUUGAAAACGAAUACUUGUAUCAUGUUCAAAAAAAAUCCAUAAAACUAUUUUAUAGGUAG